UGGGCAACCGCCGCCGCCUCUGUUCUGCGGCCUGGUCGUUCUCGCUCGCUCGCUCCCACCGCGCCGGCCUGAAGUUAACGUUAGAAUUAAAUUGGCCGAGUGUUGGCUGCCCUUCGCUUCCCGUGCUUGCGGCCAUGAAGCAUAUUUCCACAAAACCAGACACCACAGUGCUUGUUGCUGUGGCUUUGCAAGAUCACAUUAUGAGGAAUCUGCAGCUCCAAAAUCUUUCAUUGUCUCAUACUUCUACAACAAAAGCCCCGACUAAAAUGAAUUGUUACAGAAACGCCGCAAAGCCUGUCGUGGAUACAGGAAGAAAAAGAAAUGAAAUAAAGAAAAUAAAGCAAGAAGAGGAAAAAGAGUAUGUUCUGGAUCCAAAACCUUUGAGCCUUACUUUAGCUCAGAAAAUGGGUUUGGUCGAGGCACCUAACGCAACUUUGACAGCAAGUGAGUGGCAACUAGUGAAGAAGAGAUCACUGCAACAGGGAGAUUCAGCACAGCCUUGCGCCAUAUGCAGAGAAGAAUUUGGGAUGAAACAACAAGUUCUACUGUCUUGCUCACAUGUUUUUCACAGGAUUUGUUUGCAAGCCUUUGAAAAGUUCUCUGGGAGAAAGAGUUGUCCCAUGUGUAGGAAGGAACAAUACCAAACCAGAGUAAUCCACGAUGGCGCUCGUCUCUUCAGGAUGAAAUGUGCUAUAAGAAUUCAGAGUCACUGGCGGGGAUAUGUUGUUCGCAAAUGGUACAAGCAACUGAGGCGGACGGUACCUCCAAAAGACAAGAGACUACGCCAGAGAUUCUAUGAAGACAAGUUGCAAGAGAUUAACGACAGGUUAGUGAGAUCGUGCAACAUAAAUAUUGAUGAACUUUUUUCUGAAAUUGACCACUCGGUAGCUCUAAGCAGAAGAUUGCUGCAGCAAUUUGCGAGGCAACGUGUUCACAUUAUAUCUGAAGAGGAAUGGGAGCAAAUACAGCUGAAGGCAAUCCAGAGAGAGGUUUUUGAUUGUCCAAUUUGUAUCACUCCAUUGGAUCACUUAAGCAGCAGAACAUGCCAAGCUGAAGGGCAUGGCGGACGAGAGCAAAGUCGUUUGCUUGUGCGACAAACAGUGCUGCUGUCCUGCUCACACACCUUCCACUACACUUGCCUGAAGGCCUUCGAGGACUUCACAGAGGGAGAGGAUCACAUUUGCCCAUUAUGCAGGUCAACUUAUGAAAAAAAGAUUUUGAGUAUUAAACUGUAAAUCUCCAUUCUGUUCUUUCAAAAUAAAACUGUUUCCUGUCAUGCAGACAAUAUUUGAAUUUUAUUUUACUUCCUCAAGGAUGAAAAGACUAAACGUCGAAUGCAUGUCGUUGUUUGGGUUUUCAAUAAAGACGAUGCAAAUCAAGUUGAGAUGAUCCCACUUCCCAUCUAAAACUAAACUUUAUAGAAUAACAGAAGUGCAAAGGAUUUGCCAUUUAAGAAAAAAAUUUACUUUCACAAGUGAACUCCAAAUACAGUCCAUAUCUUCAACCAUCUUUUUCAAUUAUGUUCCAUGGCCAUCUUAAAACUCUUGCUUGGUUUCCUACUUCAUCCGAUUACCCUCCUCUCUGUUGCAACAUAAACAUUCCACCCACACUCUUCUCACCACAGAUGAUUAACAGUUGCCUUGUUUACACCUAGGUCACUGGAAAGGAGUGUUCACUUGGUUGGUUUAAUGCCUAAAUUGGUCACAGGAUGCCGUCUUGUCACGUAAGCAGACUGGUUUUCACAGGGAUUUUAUAUUUUGAUAACUGAAUCUCAGUUAUAUCUUAGGAAGAACCAGAUAUACACCAGUGAGAUCCAAAUCAACAGUACAGUUGGAAGGGUGAUCUGCUGGCUGGAGGUGUGAAACCAUUGGAGUCCCACAGGGAUCUCUGCUUGAACCUGUGAUAUCCAAGUCUGUAUGUCUCACUUCUGUUAAUGCAGUGCAGCCUUUAAAUAAAUGCUUUUAGCAUGCAUCUUGGGAAGGCAAGAUUGGGAAGCUCUGGUUUGGAACCUCUUGGUUUUCAACCAAGUGGAACCUCCAAACGGAAAUAAG